CGUUGACAUUUCACAUACUCAACUCAUAGAUUCAAGGAGAGGAGAUGUAUGGUGAAAUUGAAAGGUUCAUCAAAGUAUGGAUUUCAGCCAUCUUAGGUUUAUGUUAUUGUUAUUACAUGGCUGCAAGAAUACCAAAGGGCUUCUUGAGACUUCUCUCCCUUCUCCCUAUUCUCUACCUCUUCAUCAUCCUUCCCUUGAACAUCUCUUCACCUAACUUAGUUGGAUACACUUCCUUCUUCCUUGUUCAACUUGGCAUUUUCAAGCUCCUACUUUUUUCCUUCAACAAAGGCCCUCUUGCCCUAUCACCCCCAAACAUUGUCCAUUUCAUCUCCAUAGCUUCCCUCCCCAUCACCCCAAAACAACAUCCACCAACCAAUAAAAAUAACACCACCAACACCCAAAAGCCAAAAUGGCUAUUGCCCUUAAAAUUGCUUAUUUUUGCAAUGAUCGCACGUGUUUAUGAGUACAAUGAAUACUUCCACCCUCAUUUCAUAUUAGUCCUUUAUUGUCUUCACUUGUACCUUGGCUUAGAGCUUGUUUUUGCUCUUAUUGCAACCCCGGUUCAAACCCUUUUUGGCUUAAAGAUAGAACCACACUUCAACAAACCCUACCUUUCGUCCCCACUUCAAGAUUUUUGGGGUCAUAGAUGCAACCUUAUGGUUACUUGUCUUCUACGCUCUACAGUAUACAACCACGUAAGCUGUAUGAUUACGGGUUUAGUGGGUCCCUCAUGUGCCACGUCAGCUGCCAUGUUGGCCACGUUCCUUGUGUCUGGGCUUGUGCUUGAGUUAAUCUAUUAUCAUGUUACACGUGUACCUCCCACGUGGGAAGUUACGUGUUUUUUUGUGCUUCACAGUGUGUGCACGGUGGCGGAGGUGGCUGUUAAGAAGGUGGUUCUCCAUCGUGGAUGGCGGCUGCACCGUGCCGUGUCAGGGCCACUCGUGGUGGCAUUCUUGGCUAUCUCGGCGAAUUGGCUGUUUUUUCAUCAAUUGUUGAGGAAUGAAAUGGAUAGGAAGUCCAGUGAAGAGUAUGUAAUUUUGGUGGAUUUUGUUAAGUCUAAGAUAUAA